AUGCAAUCUGAAGGUAAGAUUUAUUUAGUUCCUCGAAAUUUCAGGCUUCUUGGAGAGCUCGAAAAAGGAGAGAAAGGGGUUGGAGAUGGGAAUGUGAGCUAUGGCUUAGAAGUGGCCGAUGACAUCACCUUGUCUUCUUGGAUCGGAAUGAUCCAAGGUCCUCCUGGAACAGUUCAUGAAAACAGGCUAUAUAAUAUUAGAAUAUUCUGUGGGCCUAGAUAUCCUCAAGAAGCUCCUCAAGUGACUUUUAUCACCAAAAUUAAUAUGAAUGGAGUCAAUGCACGUGGUGCAGUUGACAGAAAUGUUUUUAGAGUGCUUGGAGCAUGAAAUUCAAGCUUCACAAUAGAAUCCAUACUUGUUGAAAUUCGUAAUGAAAUGGCAGCUGACAGAAAUAAACGCCUUGCACAGCCAAAUGAAUUCGAAAACUACUAACUACCCCUCCAUGAGGGAACAAAAACCAUUGAACAAAUCUUAUUUUUUGGGUAAAAAAACCAGCGAACAAAAAAUCACAAUUUUUUAUGAAAAAUUAUUUUGAUUUAUAAUUAAUGAUUAUAAUAAUAAUGAAAUCUAAAGCCAAUUUUAUUUAUUACAAAGCAAUUUGCAUUAUAAAAACAUAGAUUUUACAUGCUAAUUUAAUGUUUACUUUAUUAUAUUUUUUUAAGUUGGGAUUUUUCGAAAAAAAUAAAACUUUUUAUUAAAAAAUUAACCCCUUCGUUAACGAACAAAAUUUUUUGUUCACAGACGGAGAAGGUGCGAAGUAA